AUGAUCCCCUGUGUAUUGUAUUUCUUUGACGAGCGAUACGAAGAAAAAAUCAUUAUCAUGUUACACAUUGUUUUUCUUCUUGCGCUGUUUUCGCUUUUCUUAGAUGCAUCUAUGAUUCUUUGUAUUAUGGUGUUGUUGCACUCUCUAAUAUACCAAGCAAGUGUUCUGAGCGUUGUAGAGUGCCUUCUUUAUGCUACUCUGGAAGCGCAUUACAUUUUCCUUUUAACAAUUAUUCUGCUAUCUUCCCUUUCGGUUGCACGGGUGAAUGUUCAAGAUGUAUGUUCUUGGCCUGCAUGCGUAUAUUCAGGCAGCAUGACAGUGAGCGCAGACAAAAACAAUUUCCUCAACUAA